AAGUAUUUUAAAAUUUGGGGUUAUAAUUUAUGUUCCUUGUACCUUGAAUUGCGCUGAUCUCUGUUAUAAAUUAAUUUAAUAUAAUUACAUAUACAUUUAAACGACAAAAUGAAUUUUGUUACUAGCGUUUUAAAGAAAAUCACUCAGGCUGAGAAUAUAGAAGUUGCACUAGAUAGAAAUAUGGAUAACCAAGAUAAAUCAAAUAAAGAAAAUGUCCCCUAUGACGAUGCAAACAUUUCUUCCAAUAAAGUGAAAGAAGAAGAUUCCCGAGAAUCUUUAUUAAACCACAUUGAUGAAGAAAAACUUGAAUAUCAAAAAGAAUCAGCAAUAGUAUAUACAACAGCUGUGUGUAAAAAUGGUUCACAAUUAGAAGUAGAGAGAAUUGACUUAUUAAACACAACGCAAGUAACGAGCAAUGAAAAUAAUUUACCAAAUAUUUCCACUUUUCGAGAUGGUACUUUAGUGGGAGACAUUAUUAAAAGAGAAUUAGAUGAGUCAUGUCUAGGUGGAAUAAGCAGCCUUCUGAAUAACAUAGAUUUGAAUAAAUCAGAACAUUGUCAUAAGGAUAUUGAAGAAAUUACAGGAAACAUCUUGAAACUUGAAGACACAAACCAGACCACAAAUAAGAAUUUAUCAGUUUCUGAAAUAUUUGAACAAGUUACUGAAAAAAAAGAAAAUUUAGACAUAACAAUAUCAAAAUCUGGGAAUUUGUCGGUUUCUGAAAUAUUUGAACAAGUUGCUAAUGAAAACGAAAAUUUAGAUGUAACAAUAACAAAACCAGAGUUAAAUGUUACACAGAUUGUUGUUCCAGAAACAAACAUAAAUACAAAUUCUAUAGAAGAAGAAAAUCCACUUGACGUAAAUUCAGCAAAAGUUAUUUCUGAAUAUUCUCCAGAUCGGCUUGAGAUAAAUACAAGUUACACUAUUAAGGGAGAGGAAAACGAAUCAGGCAGACCUGAUUUAAAUUCAACAGAGAUUAUAUGUAAAAAAGAGGAAGAAAAGGAAGAUUCUAAAACAAAUAAAUGCUUGGAAGAAGAAUAUCUUCACUUCUGCAGAAAUUCAUGUAAGUCUGAAGAGAAAAUUGAAUUUGAAAAUUUAAUUAGAUGUAGUUCACCUGAUAUUAAAAUAACACAACUUAAUAAAUCUUUCAAUAACACUCUUAAAGAACCACACAUUGAAAAUUAUAUUUCAAAUAAAACAAAUGUUAUUAAAAACAAAACCACAGAUAACUUUGAAGUAUUUAUAAAUAAAUCAUUAAAAACAGAUGAUAAAUUUGUAAUCAAGAAUUUUGAAAAAUCAGAAGUAAGCCAGUUAGAAAAUACACCACAAAGUAACAAGACCAUUAAGGAAGAUUCUAUUGAAAGCAACUCUAUUCCCUUAUUGAAUCAGGUCGGACAGUACAAAGCAAGUGAAUUGGGCAGUUUAGAUGAUCAUAGAUGUUCUGAUGAAGAUCAGCUUAACUCCAAUUUUGGUGUAGAAGAAGAAAAUAUUAAGAUUAAAUCUAAUACUAAAGAACAAAUAAAGUUAAAUGUGAGUGAAGGUUUUAACAUAAUUGAAUUAACGCCCAAAGAAUUGAACAAUUCUGUUGGACAGACUAGCACAAAGAAAGAACACAUUGGAGUAAUUACAGAUUCUAGUUUAAAACCAGUUAAUGUAAUACAAAAACAAAGUGAUGAAGUAAAGGCAUUAUUAACAUCUACACCAAUUAUCCAAAAACAACUUUGUGACAUUGAAUUAAAUCAGGUGAAAAUCAUGUCUGAAUUAAUAGCAGAUCAACAAAGAGAAAUAUCUGAUUUAAAACUGGAGCUAAAUGCCCUACAACAAUCCAAAGCAAGUUUAGAAUUAGAAAUUUCGAAAAAAGAAGAAAUAAUAAUAAAAACACAGGCAGAAAGUCUAAAAAAAGAACAAGAGUAUAAGAUGGAAAUAAAGGAACUUAAAGAAAAAAUAAAGGAAAAUUCAAAAUUAAUUGAAAAAGGUGGAAGCAGAGAAAUUGAAGAACAACUCAAAGAAGCCAAAGAGAAAGCUGCUCAUGCUAUGAGCGAAUUAUUGAAAAAGUCUCACCAGGAAGCAGACUAUGUAAAAAUUGUAAGAGAGUAUGAAAACACCUUAUCUGAACAAAAUGCAGAGCAUGUAAAACUUGUCGAACUUCAUGAGACUGUAACACGGCAUCUGGCAAAUUUGGAGCUGGCUUUCUCAGAUGUUCAUCAGAAAUAUGAACGAUUAAAAACUAUUGUUGAAGGAUAUAAAUGUAAUGAAGAGACAAUGAAAGCAGCUUUAGUAACUGCUGAGAAAGCUGCCAAACAGAUGGAGGAACGUUAUGAAUAUCUUAAGACACAUGCUAAAAAUCAAAUAGAAAGAUCAAAUAGGGAUAUACUCCAGCAACAAAAGUCUUUUCAAGAGAAAGAAAACCAACUAAAUGCAAUAGUAAAGCGCAUGGAUAUUAAGGUUAAGUCGAUUGAAAAUGCUUUGGAACAAAAAACAAAUGAAUGUCAGCAGCUGGCUGCUCUCUGUGAUCAAUUGACGGGGCAGAAACUAUAGUUUCAAAACUAUGAAAAUAUAAUUUUAUCUAAACAUUACAAGGAAUAUUUUUAAAAUUUUAUUUAAUUUCUUUUUGUUAAUAUAUAUAUUAAAAAUUGAUAACAUGUUAACCAUUAUUGUAUAAUUUUAUAAAAAAAUAUAAAUUAUCUCCUAUGAAUGGAAAUGAAAAUAUAAAUUCCUCCGUAUUAUUAUGCAAAAGCAUUGCAAGUUUUGUCUGCUCUGGUUUUUAAUUUUUUCUACGCCCGCAUUUAAAUUUGAACCCGAAAAGUUACUAAAGCAUGUGCUAUUGUUCUUAUUGUUGUUUAUAUGUACAUAUUAACUUAUAUUUUUGUAUGAUGUUCUUCAGAUUAAUGGUAAAAUCCCAUAUUUAUUUUUUGAUUUACAUUAAUUUAUAUGAUUAUUGUUAACUGGUACUUAUAUUCUUGUUUUUAUAAUUUUUAUUCUUCUAAUAUAUUAAAUUGGUUAAUGUACAUGUGACAUAUAUUUCUAUAAAAAAUGUUGACUUAUUGUGAUUAUUGUUAGUAAAUCAAUAUUAGUACAACGUACUUAGUCCAACUUGUACUUGUAUUUGAGAAUAUAUUUUCUAGCUGAUUGAGAAUGAUAUUCCUAGAUUAAUUUUAAACAGUAAACUAUUUUAAACAUGUAAUAUGUAACAUUAGUGCACACUUCAAAAUAAAACAUGAAAAACUA